AUAUAAAACCUCUUCUUGAUCUUACUUGUAAAACUGUUGCCAAUAUGAUUAGGGGGAAAUCAACCGACGAAAUUCGUAGAACUUUCAAUAUCGAAAAUGAUUUUACACCAGAAGAAGAAGAACAAGUGAAAUGUGAAAAUGAUUGGUGCGAAGAACGAUAA